GACCACAUGAGGAACCAUGUCAACCAUUAUAAAUGUCCUCUUUGUGAUAUGACCUGUCCAUCACCAUCCUCGCUGAGAAACCACAUCAAAUUUCGUCAUUCCAACGAGAAGCCUUACAGCUGUGACUACUGCGAGUACAGCUGUAAAAACCUGAUAGAUCUGCGGAAGCAUUUAGACACGCACAGCAGUGAGCCAGCGUAUCGAUGUGACUUUGCAGAUUGUGACUACUCCACUCGGUCGCUUUACUCAAUCAAGAACCACUACAAGCGUGUUCAUGAG